GCGGUGCCCCUUCUUCCUGUUGAGUGGACUCUCGGGCCUCCUGCUGAUCUUUAGCCUCUUCGUCGUGGAGGAAACCGCGCCUGCGACCGUGGAUGUGAAGUAUGUGGCUUGUGCCAAGCGCACACUGGGGCACUGGUCCAGGUGUCUGAUCCUGCUGGGCUGCCUCUUCAUCAAGAGCUUCUUCGAUGGCUUGGCUGCUAGCAACGGCUUCGUCCUGCGCCGGGACCUCCACCUGUCCCUUCAUGGGGCCUCGGUCUGCAUCACGCUAAUGGCCUUGGCUGGCGCCUGUGGAUCGUACGUGCCGGCGCGCCUCCCCUUCGGACCUCUGGAAGCUCUGCAGGCUUGCAUGGGACCUUUGCUGCUCUCGGCUGUAUGCCUGGGAGUUGUCGGCGUGCUCCGCAGUGGAAGCCUUCCGUGGUUCAUGGUAGCCACCUGCUACGCGGAGGUUGUGAUCUGGACUCCUUAUGUCUCGGCGCUCUGCCAGUUUACCGAGGGCAUUGAGGACAUCGCCGGCUCUGCUGCCUCCCUGCUCACGGCCCUCUCCUUCCUGGGAAGCUCUUUCGUCUCGCUUUGCGUGGUGGUCCUGGCACAAAGAGGGGGUGCCGGCGGCUUCCUGCUGGCCCUGGCAGCUUUGCUGCUCCUCACCGCCAUCAGCCUCUGGCUUGGUCCCCUGCGGAGCCGUGAUCUUCCAGAGGAGAGAUCUCCAAAAAGGAGCCACUUGGAGAGCGCGCUGACGCCCGAAGGGUACCUCGCCGCCGUGGCCGCAAAGGGGGGCGACUGCAGCCCCAGAAAGGCGCGUGCGCGGCCACCAGAGUCAUAUUCCCCUUAG